UUUUGCAUCUUUGCGCCUGCGCUUUUGUGCUUGCUGUAGCUUUGUGAAGUAAAAUGGCGCUUGCCAGAGAAAUAUAGAUAGAUUUUCUCAAAAGAUUCAGAUAAUAUUUGAAUACCUUGUUCAUCGCAUUUGGUGUAUGUCCUGUUGCAGACAUGAGCAGCACAAGUACUGUGCGGCGUUUUGGCACAGGAAAGACGUAUGGCAGAGCAAGAGAAAGCACAGCCAGUCGUGCCUUUGAUGAAGUCCUUACAGGGAAGCCAACUCCAAUCAAAGCCACACCAUCUUACACAAAAUGGGGCAAAACAAAUUUUGUUGCAAUUCGAGGAGACCAGAAAAACAAACUAGAUGUGAUUCCAGAUGCAGGUGUGAAGAUAGAACCUGUAAAGGAGUCAAAGGAAGAGGAUCCUUUUAGCUUUGAUACAGAGGAUAAGCGCAAAUCAAGUCCUACGAAGCGCGGCGUAGUUGUUGCACAAGAGGUGCACCGUCCAACCACUAAGCUUCCUGCAUCUAGAAUUGUUACUGUAAGUGAUGGAAAUCAAAACGUAACAAAUCAGUCACUUCCUGCUGCCAUUGCUCGGCCUGGAAGGACCUACACCAGAUCUCAGGAAGGUCGUACGUGGACUGGGCUUAGUGGUCGAUCACAGCUUAUUAUGGACCAGUUUGUUGAAGUUGGAAAGACAGUCACAACAGAAGAGGGAAUGAAGGUCAUCUACUAUUCUUCUCAGCCUCAUCCCCGUGCAACACCCUGCACCCCUGUACCAGUUUCUCACACAACAGAAUCAUUGUCAAACAGCUCAGUUGACACUUCAGCUGUUAGCAGUGCAGAAGCUGUCACUCCUGUAAGUCUGGCAUCCAUGCAUGACAAUACACCUAAAGCUGGUUCCUCAAUUGAUGACGGUAGUGAUGACGAUGAUGAUGAUAUCUUCCCAGCUACUUUUCGCCGACAGCCGUUGAAAACAUACACAGGAGAGAUAAUAACCCCAGUUAUUAAUGCACCAGACUCACCCCCUCCUAGCAAAAAGCGAAGAAUGCGUUCUAGCAGAGGAAGAAGGAAUUCACGAUACACUGACCCAUCAUUAAUUGAAGAAUACAGGCGCCGUUAUGAGGCAACAAAUGCUCAUAAAGAUCACACAGCGGGUAUGUUCAACAGUACAGUGAUAUCUAGUAAGGAAAUGCGUAACCAGCAAGGCACUACUCUUGUUGUGGUGUGCAAACCUAAAGUAGAUGUUGCAGAGAAAAAAGAUGAUGUGCAGACAAAGUAUUUCAAGAAUGUCAAAAAAGAGCUUGAUAAAGCUGACAAAAAUAGUAUCCUUGACUUCUCUGAGUCAUCAGAUUCUCAGGAAGAGACAAAAAUAGAGGGAAUUCAUGAAGCCAAAAGCUUGCAAACUUCUUUAAAAAGGGCUAGCAGUGCACCUUUACCUUCCUUGAUAACGUCUUCACCUGACAAUGCCUCUUCUGCCAGCACACCAACUCGUAACCUUCGGGUCCGAUUUGCAGAUGAAGUGGUAGUUUCAUCUGCUAACACAAAAUCGUCUGUUCCUUCGACAAGUAAGAGAGGACGACCACCCAAAUCAUCUAAAGAUACGGGAAGUUCCAGUCAGGACGCUGCUAAUGCUGGCACCAAUUCUGAAAGCGGCAAGGUUCAAAUUGACAAUCAAGAUGCAAGUGUCGGCGUGAGAACUCGCUCUAGUAAUCGCCAGUACAGAAUUUUUAAGUCUCGGGGACCUCCACCAGUUUCUACUGUCAGCAAUGAGCAAAGUGUUUCAGAGUCUGCAGACUCACCAGAAAUGCCUCAGCUUACACCAGAAUUGCCAUCUUGUGUUGAGGGUAAUGAAGACAAUAAAAGGAUGGUUGAAGAUCAGACCCCUCCAGAUAUAAAAAAUGAGAAUGAAGAAAUGAAAACAUGUAGAUCAGAAGAAGAGAGGUCUAAAAUUUCUGAAGAGAUGACAUUGGAAGAUAGUGACAGAAAUGGUAUAGAGAAGAGUGGCACAGAUGAGACAUCGAAUCAAAAAAAUAAACCUGCGAUGGCUUCGCCAAUGGAAAUGUCUGAGGAUUCUCAAGAGUUACCACAGGACCUAACACCUCCUGUAGAAGGGAACCAGAAGGAAGAAACUGCUGCACCAUCUUCUACUCGACGCUUCUUUAAAACCAAAAAAUCAGCAGGGGCAGUCACCUCUAACCUGCAGCGUCGAGUCUUUGAAAAGUCUCCAUCAAAAGCAUCCUACAAUGCAAGAUCAUGGCACCAGGAUCAGGAUUCACCUGACAAAGAGGAAAGAAAAGCACCUCGCACUUUAAGACCUCUGGCUGUAGAUGACUUUGAAGAUGCUGUCCCUUCAUCACAGACAAUGCCAAAGUUAAAAAGAACAGUACAUUGGUCAAAGGAUGAGGACAGAGAUUCAUAUACAUCACUUCAUGUUAACAAACAGCACAAGGAACUGUACACUGUAGUACACAAUGUGAAGCAGGCAUAUGAAGUACAGGAAUCUGGAGAAACACAGGAUUUCAUGGAUGACAUUGAAUAUCUGCUGGAUAGUCUUCGUGAUGAUCAGCCAUCAUCUAUUCGCACAUUAAGCACAAUCCAGUUAGCAGGUCGCUGCAUUUUGCCAUCUUUUAGGAUGCAUUUGCGUGCUCAUGGAACUGUAACAAAGAUUUUUAGCCUUCUUCAUGAUGCUUGUUCAGAUUCAGCACUGGCACUGAGCACUGCAGCUAUGAUGUUUAUGCUGUCUCGUGAUCGCCUUAACAUGGAUUUGGACAAAGAAUCACUCCAUCUAAUGCUUAAGUUGAAUGAGGUAGACAUGCCAAGGGAAGGUUACACCAUAGCUAAACCAGUCCUACAGACAGGAGCUGAUACAGGGGAAGCAAAUAUAUCUGCUACUACUGGUAUUAAUGGAGAGGAGAGCGUAGAGCUUGAAAAAUGUCGAAGACGUGUCCAAGAACUGCUGGAACAAUUACAGCGCGAAACCAAUGCAAAACAGAUAGAUCUUGAUUUUGUUUCGACUGGAAAUUUGGCUAUGGAAUCACUUCUCAGUUUAACAUCACGCCGUGCUGGAGAGUGGUUUAAGGAAGAACUUCGGUGUCUUGGUGGCUUGGACCAUUUUGUAGAAACAAUUUACCGUUGUGGAGCAGAGAUAAAAGAGGAUGUGGUCGGGCAACUGGAACCUUACAUAAACAACUUAAAGAAGUUGGACCGAUGUUUGAGAGUUUUGGAGAAUAUCACAUUUAUGAAUAGUGACAAUCAGACCUACCUCAUUGCUUACAAUAAUGGUCGCCUAAUUUCCUCAACAUAUCGUAUUCUAAAGCUGUGUCAACAGUGCCUUCCCACCUGUCCACUGCAAGAAAUUGGGGAUGCAAGACUUAAGGAACAACCUGGAUGGACGAUCUUCAGCUGCCUUCUUGCCAUUCUGCGUGUUCUUGUAAACAUAACCCAUGAUAAUGAAUUUGGCAGCGCUAAAGUUGGAGAAGAAAAAGGCCUUCUUCAGACUGUUCUGAGCUGCAUGUUGAGUACACAGUGGUAUAUACCAUCUGACCAGCGUUUUGACUUGCUUGUGUUGAGUUUGGGUCUGGUGGUCAACCUUUUGGAACACUGUGACAAAAAUCGACAUCAGUUGACAGAAAUGUUUGUGCCUGCACGGGCAAAGGAAGAUGCUGCUGCUGUGGAGAUGAAUGUUAUUGAAGCUUUAGUUCAGCUUUUCUUGCAACGUGAAACUUCAGCUGCACAAAUAGAAGAGACAUCUGACAUGGUCAGUACUGGUGAAGCAGUGGUACGGGAACAAAUGCAGGAGAAAGUGGAACAGGCUAGCAGGUCACCUGAACUCUGUACAGCUGGUAGCAGUUCAGACAAACAGAUUGAUGGUGCAAGUAUUUUGGAAGAUGAGGAGACCUUUACCAAAGCUUUGCACAAGGCUGGUAAACACAUGGAGAACAGCAUUGUAGCUUCCUAUGUGGGGUUACUUUUGGGAUGCUUUAUUCAAGGCAACGAGAAAUAUAUUGAGCUGGUUAAGCAACAUCUUCCUGGUGGCAGCUUUCAGCCUAUGAUUUGCAUCCUUAAGAAAUUCCUGGGUUUCAUGGAAUUAACAACAGCAGUUGGCACAACAGAUGGCAACUCCAUAUCCAGAGUGAUUGAGACACUAGAAGCUUGCUGAAAACUUGUAUGUGGGAUAAGCAUUAAAAAAGAAUAAGACUGUUGUGAGACAUGGUACACUGAUAACACUAUACCUCUUGCUGCUGGCUAAGCCGGCCAUUUACCAGUCUUGGUGAAAUAAAGGUUUGGCAAGAUUACAGAAAUUAACUGUUUCAGACCAAGUCCAGUUUCUCACGUGGUUUUGAUGCAUUUUGGUGUUUGUCUUUAGUAACCCUGAUACUUGUUUUCAGAACAGCUUGCUAUUGAUGCUUGCAUUAUCCCACAGUCUGUAGCUCAUUUUCUUUGUGUCAUUGAGAUUUUGUGUAUCUGUCUUUUUCUGUCAUUGACACUUGAUGAGGUCUUAUACGGAGAUGGUAGCAGAGUGUGUGUGUAACAGGAGGCCCACAUAAUACCUUUGUCUUUACUGUGCUUGGAGCAUAAAGCCUGCACUGCAAGUCUACAUCCAUCUUUGUCUUCCUACUCUGCUUCCUCCCAAAUUUUCCGGAUGGUUUUCAGCUCCAACUCUAUUAUUAUUAUUAAUUUUUUGCCAUCAUGGUCAGAUGUCCUUUUUUCUGCUUUCCUGUUUGGUUCAGCUCUAAGUUAUAGUGUAGAAUGCCGCCCUCUGCAUAGUGUAUGUCCAUUCCACCUCAAUUUUUUUUUCUUUUCUGGAUGGUCUUGACAGUGGCUGUUUCCUGAUGCCAUUUUAGAGCUUUUGGUGAUUUUCCAUGGUCACCUGAUGUUCCAGAUCUGGAAGUAACAAGUUAAUGAAGACUUUGCAGCUUGUCGUCCUAGUUCAUGGUGCAUGUCCAGGUCAUGGCCUCAUAAAAAAGUAUAAUAAUAAUAACUUUUAUUUAUAAAGAGGGCUUGAUGACCAAAGGUCGUUGCACACAACUCAUCAAUAUCUGUAGGAGCUAGCACUAGCUACUAGCUUUUAUCAGUUCUUGGGAAAGUUUGAUGAUUACAUCUUGAUAUAUAUUAUAAAUCUUUGUUGUAUUUAGAGAAAUAAUGUUCAAAGAGCUAUAGCUCUUUUUAUUGCAUGAUGUUUUAAGAUGAACUGUUACUUAACAUUAUUAUAGUCAACAACAGAAGAGCAACAUUAAAAGCUAGGUUUACAUUUUGUUUCAAUAUGAAGGAAAAGGGGGGUUGGGUGGUCUUUCAAUGCCAUGAAGAAUAUGGUCCAGAUAAUGUUAUUGUUGCCUACAGUCAGCAACUAAAUUUACAGGCUUGUGUGUUUGUAUAUAUAUAUAUUGUUCAACAUUGAAGCAACUUGUUUGCACUGCGGACAUUGAGUGAACGGUGUAGAUAAAACAAGUGGCAGCCACGGUUCCGUUUGGCAGCGUGCUUUUUUAAAUCUUUCCUCCUCAUCAUGAUGCUGCUAACAGGCUGUAUUCAAGUGGAUCCUGUACUUUGAAGGAAACUGUGACAGCCAAACCAUUCCGUACAGCAGGUGACCUUGCUGGACGGCCUCCUUGAGACCUUAUGAACUUUAUUGAAGAAACGAUGAAAACUGUUUGUAUGCGUGUGUGCAAGCGCUCUGUUGCUGCUACUGCUGCUGUGGAGAAAGUGAGUUGUAUAUACGUAGAAGAAAGUAGCAGACGGCAAGCAAGCCUGGUAAAAUGCGGCCAGCAUUCUGACCUUGUAUGAUGGAAUCAGUGUCGCUCGGCUGUAGAGGUUUUACUCUCAUGUGGCUGGUGUCUGUAUUUUCAAGGGAACUUUCAUAACUAUACAUGUAUUGUGCCUGACUGCAAGUAAAGCGGUGCGCUUUCCCAGAGUACAAAGAAUUAGGUGCAAAUGACGGCGAAAGAAAAGUAAAAAGCUUGCAUUUGAGACAGUUUUUAAAAAAAUGAUGCAAGUUCUUUUGAGUGUUCCAUCCGCAAAGUUGGUGAUACCAUCCAUCACUACAGGCAAACAUCUGCUCGCAAGCAGCAUCGCCCAGCUUUCGUCUGGACUGUAAACUUUCUAGAUGCCGUUUACGACAUACAGUGGUCAUUGUGGUUUGAGGUCAUGUCCUGCAGAGAUUGCGGGAAUGAAGAAUGAGCUGUAAAUUUGUAUGGCUCAUGUUUCAGGUGGUGGUGACCUGUUGGUUUUUUUGAAGUCUGAUUCAGGGCAGGUGAGGGUGUACAGUAUAUUCUAAUUGGUUCUUAGCCGCACGUGUCCGUCUGCCUUAAAGACCGCCAGUGAGCGAGCAGGAAGAGACUUCUUCACUGACGACAUAUGCAGAUCGUUUGUUUGAAUAGUGUGCAUAUAGUCGGACGAUGCUGCGUGAUAGAAGUGAGGCUUUAUUUACAGAGCCCCUGACCAGCAUGUAUAUAUUCAUCCCAUACAUUUCCCAAAUAUUACUCUUGACCCGGUUUAUUGACGGUAACUCCCCGCAGUCUUGACAUUGAAGGAGGGAGGGACGGGGCAGUGUGCAGCUCUCCGACAUAUAGCUGUACUGUAGUUGUGUUGAUUCUGUGCAACUUUCAACUUUUGCUGUAUAGCUGUACCAUUGUUCACGCGAUCAUGUUAUUAAAAUAAGUUCUCAUGAGUUGGUAGCACUUGUAUGUUGAUGUACACCUUUGUCAAGGUAGGAGUCGGUAUAUCAGAUUACAUCCUGUAUUUUUCAUCAGAA